UCUGUCCAAUGAAGCAGCUUUAACUUUACGUGAUUUUUAUUUGGAACUACGUAAACAUCGUCAUAGUCGUGAUACAUUUCCUGUAACUUUACGACAAUUAGAAUCAUUAAUACGUUUAACUCAAGCAAGAGCUAGAGCUGAAUUACGUGAAGAAGCAACAAAACAGGAUGCAUUAGAUGUUUGUGAACUAAUGCAAUCAACUGGCUUAGGCAGUGGUUUGAUUACUGGUACACCAGCUAAUGUUAGCCUUAGUGAAAUGAAUAAUCUUUUGAAUACAACAUUAUCUUCAUCGAAACGAAUUAGUUCGUCAUCAACUGGACCAGCAGCUGCUAAACGUCUAUUAGCUGCACUUGAGAUCGCAUCAAAACAUGCCAAUAGUCGUUUAUUUACAAUGCCUGAAAUUAAUGCAAUCGCAAAUGAUUUACAAAUUAAUUCCAAUUGUAUUAUGACACUGUUAGAUCGAUUGAAUGAAUCCGGUGCAAUACUUAAACAAGGCACUAAUCUGUAUAAACUUGUUUAACAAGGAGAAGUAUUGCACUACUGAGUGCAUUGUUAUUUUUUUCUAUGAGUUCCUUUCUCUGUUAUUUGUAUUUCUU